GUCUAAUCCUGACCUGCUUCGUGGGAUUUGUCUGAUUUGCAGACGUGACGUGCGUGCUCUCCGAGAUGGAACUCACAAUUAGGAGGGUCAAGGUCUCCACCACGCCAGAUGGGAGAGUGAUGGACCUUUUCUUCAUCACUGAUGCUAGGGAACUUCUACACACAAAGAGCAGGAGGGAAGAGGCCUAUGAAAAGCUCCAGAGUGUCUUAGGCGACUCCGUGACGAGUUGCGAAAUAGAAUCCGCGACGGAGGACAUGUCUUCUUGCCUCCAAGCUUCAGCAUUGUUGUCGCCUGUUGUCCUGGAGCAGAUGUUCAGCGAGGUAGAUGCCAUAGAGGAGCAAUCGAGGUCCAGCGGUAGCCUGUCGGUCACUAUGGACAACUCCCUCAGCCCCGUGCACACCCUGAUUCAGAUACAGUGCGGCGACCACAAGGGCCUCCUGUACGACAUCAUGAGAACAGUCAAGGACUGCAACAUCCAGAUUUCGUAUGGCCGGUUCUACGCGGGCCAGAAGGGCCGGUGCGAGGUGGAUCUGUUCGCGGUGCAGUCGGAUGGGAAAAAGAUACUUGACCAGCAGAAACAGAGAAGCAUGUGCUCCCGCCUGAGGAUGGAGCUGCUGCGGCCGCUCCGCGUGGCGUUGGUGAACCGGGGCCCCGACUCGGAGCUGCUGGUGGCGAACCCGGUGGAGGUGUCCGGGAAGGGCAGACCGCUGGUGUUCUAUGACAUCACGCUCGCGCUUAAGAACCUCCAUAGACGAGUCUUCUUGGCUGAGAUCGGAAGGCAUGUGGUGGACGAUCGGGAAUGGGAAGUGUACAGGGUGCACCUGGGGGAGGACGAACACGAGCUCUCGUGCUCGGUGCGGAGCAAGAUCGUCGACAGCGUCACCAACAUGCUCAUGGGCUGGGACUGACUAACUUGUCUCCAGCAUGCAUCUUCCUUAACAUUCAGUCUUGUUGCAAAAGACAGGGAGGGGCUUAGUUUGUUUGUUUUGUGUACAGUAGGUGCCAUCGACUAGGUGUACAUAGGGAGGGAUGUUGAUGGCUGCUGUUGUAAAUUAUUAAGUGGUUUCCACUGCCUAGUUAGUUCAUACUGCAUCAGUCUGAAAUACUUGCCUUGCAUUGUUGUUAGGCAAUGAAAUGAUGGUGCAUAGACCUGUGUUGUUGGGUCUCAAGUAUUUACUGUGGUGUAUCUUUGCCCAGCUCAGCUGGUGGACGAGUAUUAGCUAGCUAGUGAUCAGCACGAGUAGGGCAAAUUAAUGAAGUGAUUCUAACAAUAGUACUAAUAGUUGGCAA